GAGAUUACUAUGCCACAUCUUCAGUGAAAUCCUCUGACUGUGGAACCAUGCACCGCUCUGGCCUCGUCCCGCUCGUAGUGCUGUGUCUCGUCCAGCGGGGGGCGUCGGAGGUCGGAGGGCAGAACGACACGGACCCGGUGGUUUUGGAGGGAAAGUGUCUGGUGGUGUGCGACUCCACCCCCACAGCGGAGCCGACGGUGGGCGCUCUGGGCAUGUCCAUCAGGUCCGGAUCAGCCAGAGUGGCCUUCUCCGCUGUGAGAAGCACCAACCACGAACCGUCCGAAAUGAGCAACCGCACCAUGGUCAUCUACUUUGAUCAGAUCCUGGUGAACAUCGGCGGACAUUUCGACCCGGCGAGGAGCGUUUUUGUGGCGCCGCGAAGAGGAGUGUACAGCUUCAGUUUUCACGUGGUCAAAGUCUACAACCGGCAGAUCAUCCAUGUGAGUCUGCAGGUGAAUGGGUGGCCCGUGAUGUCGGCCUUCGCGGGGGACCAGGACGUGACCCGGGAGGCGGCCACAAACUCCGGUCUGGUCGUCAUGGAGACCGGGGACAAGGUCAACCUCAGACUGGAGCAAGGACACCUGCUGGGCGGGUGGAAGUACUCCACCUUCUCCGGCUUCAUGGUCUUUCCGCUGUAGAAGGACACGACCCGCUGCGUAUAAAGU